AAUCUGAAACGAGAAAAAACGACAAACGACUGGCACAGUGUUUCCAGUGUUUAGCCCUGCUGCUAAGCUAUCGACACGAUGAUACUGUUCAGCAUGCUGUUGAGAUGGCUGGUCCAGUUAGGAUGAUGAUUGAGGAGCCAACUGCUAGCCACUUUGAACGCUACUUGCUAGUCCAGACUGUUCUGCCUGCCUGGAUCGUCCAAAGCAGAGCAUCUUGUGGUGCGGUGGUGCAAGAGAAGUGAAGUGAAGAGAGGCUGCAUAGGCAGGUCUGCCCCCACAGCUGCUGCCAUGCUCGUGUGUUGAAUCGUAUAGAAAGAUAGCAAGAAAGCAAGAAAGAAAGAAAGGGAGGGCAGAUGUCAUUGGACGAGCCCAAUCUGAAGCAGGGCUUGAUAAGGCCAUGGAUGGAGAAGAGAGGAGACGUGAACGACAGCCCAAAUGAGGUGCAACUGCACGAGCCCACGGCGGCAGCGGCGGCAGCGGCGGCGCGGGUGGUGGUGGAGGCCAAGCGGAUCCUCGCGAUCGCCACGCCCAUGACGGUCGCUGGUCUCCUCCUAUAUUCUCGCUCGCUCGUCUCCAUGAUCUUCCUCGGACGACUCGGGCGGCUCCCGCUCGCCGGCGGCGCGCUCGCCAUUGGCUUCGCCAACAUCACCGGCUACUCCGUGCUCUCCGGCCUCGCCAUGGGCAUGGAGCCUGUCUGCGGGCAGGCCGUCGGCGCCCGACGCCUGGCCCUCCUCGGCCCCACUCUCCACCGCGCCGUUGUCCUCCUCCUCGCGGCUUCCCUCCCUAUCGCCGCGCUCUGGCUCGCCAUGCGCCGACUUCUCCUCCUCUGCGGCCAGGAUGAUGAAAUCGCCGCCGCCGCGCACGAUUACGUCCUCGCUUCCAUCCCCGACCUCCUGCUGCAAUCCUUCCUCCAUCCCAUCCGCAUCUUCCUCCGCUCACAGUCCAUCACUCUCCCCCUCACCUACGCCGCUGCAGCAGCCGCCCUCCUCCACCUCCCCCUCAACUGCGCCCUCGUCUUCUACCUCCGCCUCGGCAUUCGCGGCGUCGCCUUUGCAUCCGUCUGCACCAAUCUCAACCUCCUCCUCCUCCUCGUCCUGUACAUCUAUUUCUCCGGCGUCCAUCGACAAACUGCGGCACUCGAUUUCUCCAUCGACUGUUUCAAGGGAUGGCGUUCUCUGCUCAAUUUGGCGAUUCCCAGCGCUAUCUCGGUGUGCCUGGAGUGGUGGUGGUACGAGAUCAUGGUCCUCCUUUGUGGCUUCCUCCUCGAUCCCAAAUCCACCGUCGCCUCCAUGGGUAUUCUAAUACAGACCACCUCUCUGAUCUACAUUUUCCCCUCCUCCCUCAGCUUCGGCGUCUCCACUCGCGUCGCCAACGAGCUCGGUGCCAACCACCCAGACCGCGCCCGUCGAGCCGCCGCCGUCGGCCUCGCCUGCGGCGCCGUUCUCGGGAUCCUCGCGCUCGCUUUCGCGGUGGCGGUGCGACACGCUUGGACGCGGAUGUUCACGCCCGACGCGGCCAUCGCGGCGCUAACCUCCGCCGUGCUCCCCGUGAUCGGAGCUUGCGAGCUGGGAAAUUGCCCGCAGACCGCCGGGUGCGGGGUGCUGCGGGGGAGCGCGCGGCCUCGCACCGGGGCCAACAUAAACCUGGGCUCGUUCUACGGCGUGGGAAUGCCGGUGGCGGCCGCACUGGCGUUCUGGGCCCGGUGGGACUUCCGUGGGCUCUGGCUCGGCAUGCUGGCGGCGCAGUCUACGUGCGUCGUCCUGAUGCUGCUCGUCGUCCUCCGCACCGACUGGGACCUGCAGGCGCAGCGCGCGCAGCGGCUAGUCGGCGGACGCCUCAACGCCGCCGCCACCGACGAAGCGAUCGUCGUGGUGACAGUGGUGGCAGAUAGCGACGACCAGAAAAAAGCAACAACUAAGCUUCAAGGCGGCGCUAACGUUGACUAUUCUCCAAACCCGUAGUUUUAUAUUUUCCCCAUCUUUUCAUAUCUUUUAUUUUCCAAUUUUUAAAAUUUUUGUCAUCUCUUAUCAUAUGAAUCAAUCAACUGGGAAAGAGACCAGAUAUUGUUCCAAA